ACUGGACAAUUCAUCAGUCGUUCGGAAUCCUCUUAACGAGAACAAAGUGUUAUACUGACGUAUUUUGAAAAUGCUUAUUUUAAAAUUACUUAUACGCGAACUGAAAGGUCAUUUCUCCAUAGCAGGACAUGAUCCCCGAAUGACCGAUCUAACCUUGGUCAAUAGUUAUUUGAAUGUCAUACUGCUCUUGGUGUCCUAUGUGAUUUUUGUGAAAAAAAUUGGUCCCAAUUAUAUGGCCAAACAAAAGGCAUACAAACUUAAAUCUCUAAUGAGACUUUAUAAUAUUGGACAAGUUAUGCUGAAUAUUUAUAUCUUCAUUGGGUUCAUGCGGCACUACAUUCAACAUCCUCUCUACAAUUGGUUAUGCAUGAGCAUACCUAAGACAGACGUUUCCACACCCACCAUGAGACUAUUACACAUAACAUACAUGUGCUACAUGAGCAAAGUCUUGGAUCUGUCAGACACUGUGAUAUUUGUAUUGCGUAAGAAAAAUCGUCAGGUAUCAUUUCUACAUGUAUACCAUCAUGUCACAAUGGUAUGGGCCAGUUUUUUAUAUCACAAUAAAUUCUUUGGUUCAACAUUUACCGCAAUUGGAGCUGUGAACUCAUUCGUGCACAUUCUUAUGUAUACCUAUUAUCUGCUCUCAGCCAUGGAUAUUAAAAUAAAUUUGGAUGCAUGGAAACCUCGACUCACAGAAAUACAAAUUAUACAAUUUUGUUAUUACUGCCUGAAGUUUGCAGCUACACUCCUGAACAAUACCUGUGGCAUGUCCGUUUUUUGGUUAUCAUUAUUGUUGUUGCAAAAUAUGUUUAUCACUUUGAUGUUUUGUUUCUUCUAUUAUAAAACGUAUAUUGUCAAAGAGAGGGCGAAUAAAAUUAGAUAAGUUAUUCUUAAUUAAAUCAAAAAUGAAAUUUUUA